GUCAGAGGCGGGCGCGGCACUUGAAGAAGGGACGGGAGGCGGCGGCAGAGAAGCGGUCAUGGAGUUAGCCCAGCAAGCGCGGGAACUGGGAUGCUGGGCGGCGGAAGAGAUGGAGGCGCCCGUGGCUGCCCGGGCCCCGGAGUCGACGCUGCGCAGGCUGUGUCUGGGCCAGGGGGCCGACAUCUGGGCCUACAUCUUGCGGCAUGUGCACAGCCAGAGGAAUGUUAAGAAGAUCCGGGGAAAUCUGCUCUGGUAUGGCCACCAGGACAGUCCAGAGGCCCGUCGGAAGUUGGAGCUGGAAGCCACUGUUGCCCGCCUGCGGGCCGAGAUCCUGGAGUUAGACCAGAACCUGGAGCUGAUGGAGCGAGAGACUGAGGCUCAGGGUGACCCAUGGGGCUGGACAGAUGGGCAGCAGAAUGGGGUUAGGGAAAGUACUGAUGGCCACCCCGUUUCUCUCACAGACAUGGCCAUGGAGCAGGCCCUACAGAGCAUGCAAGACACCCAGCGUCGUGCUCUCCUCCUCCGGGCCCAAGCCGGGGCCAUGCGAAGACAGCAGCGUGGGCUCCAAGAUCCCAUGCAGCGGCUGCAGAAUCAGCUCAAGCGCUUGCAGGACAUAGAAAGGAAAGCCAAUGUGGAUAUAAACUUUGGACCCUUGACAUCAGCAGCCCUGGGACUGGAACCUGUGGUCCUGAGCGAUGUCCGAACAGCCUGCAGCCUCCGGACCCAGUUCCUGCAGAAGCUCCUGAUUCCUCAGGCCAAGGGAGGCAGCAUUCCAACCUCUCAAGAUGACUACUUUGGAACUUCCUACCAGCAGUGGCUUAGCUCAGUGGAGACACUGCUGACAAACCACCCUCCAGGCCACGUCCUGGCUGCCUUGGAGCAUCUGGCUGCAGAGCGGGAGGCAGAGAUCCAGUCCCUGUGCAGUCUGGAUGGGCUCCAAGAUACAGAGAUAGUCAGGUCCCAGGCACCAGACCAGUCCAACUCCGGCCAGGCCCUGCCGUCCAUGGUGCAUCUCAUCCAGGAGGGCUGGCGGUCUGUGGGUGUGCUGGUCACUCAGCGGGGCCCCCUCCUGAAGGAGCAUCAGAUCCUGACCCAGCGCCUCCAGGGCCUGAUGGAGGAGGUGGAGAGAUGUACCCUGGGAUCCAGCGAGAGGCAGGCAUUGGUGCUGGGGCUCCGGGGCUGUGCCCUGCUGGCAGAACUCAAGGCCCUGCGUGCCAUGAGCCAGGAGCUGGAGGAGUCUGCUGGGCGGCGGCAGCUUCUGCUCCAGGAACUACAGGCCAAACAGCAACGAAUUCUGCACUGGCGCCAAUUGGUGGAGGAGACACAGGAACAGGUCCGCCUGCUCAUCAAGGGCAACUCAGCCAGCAAGACGCGCCUGUGCCAGAGCCCUGGGGAGGUGCUAGCUUUGGUUCAGCGAAAAGUGGUCCCCACAUCUGAGGCAGUGGCACCACAGAGCCGGGAGCUGCUUCGGUGUCUGGAGGAGGAAGCCCAGCAUCUGCCCCACCUCCUGCUGGGCACCCUGCUACGGCACAGCCCUGGAGGGUUGCAGCCCCUCCCUACGGUCCUGCCUUCCAUUCACCAGCUGCAUCCUGCAUCCCCACGAGGCCCCAGCCUCAUAGCACUGAGCCACACGCUAGGGCUGCCCGCAGGGAAGGCUCCAGAGCUGCUCCUCCCAAAGGCUGCCUCUCUCCGCCAGGACCUCCUGUUCCUCCAGGACCAGCGAAGUCUCCGAUGCUGGUAUCUGCUCCACAUGAAGACCAGCCUGCCGCCAGGACCAUCCACCCAGGGUGGGAGCAGCCGGGACAAGCCGCCCUCUCCGGGGAGCUCUGCCAAGGCCUGUCCCUGCCCCAGUGGCAGCUGCGCUGGGUCCAGGCCCAAGGCGCCCUGCAGCAGCUGUGCAGAUGAAGAGGUGGCUCACAAAGAAGUCAAGAGCUUCGCGUUUGUUCACCCCACUUCACUUCCCUUAGUAAGACUUCUGGAAGAAAGCAUUGCCUGGAUGUGUCAGCCCAUCGUCUCUACCCACACUUGCUGUCCCACUUCACAGGCUGUUCUGUUGUGCCUCUCAAUUGCCUUGCCCCUUUCCUAUCCCACUAAAGCCAAGAGAACAGGGUACUGUGGACCCCACCCUACCUGAAACUCAUCAUCACUUUUACCCUCAGCAAAAAGUAAUCAAGCACCUGUUCUAAACACUGAGGAUCCAGCACUGAAAAAAAUGGACAGAAGUCCCAGCCUUCAGGGAGUUGUCGCUCUAGGACAGGAGAACAGACCGCUGACAAAAUAAGUGAGCAAAAUAUUUAGUAUGUGGAAGAACUGCUAUGGAAAAAAAGGGGUUGUAGAGGUGCGAUUUUUAAACAGAGGGCUACAAAGCAAAGGUGACGCUCUGUAAAGGUAGUGAGAAGGAAGCACACGGGUAUUGGGAGGGCUUGCAGAGGGGAAGACUACAGCACGUGCAAAGGCCGUGUUGUGAGUUCAAAUGUGUUGGUGUGAGGGCUGAGGAAGCAGUUAGCUGGUGGAAGAGGGGAACGUUUAAGAGAUGAGAUUGCCUUCUAGUUUUUAUACAGUUUCUCUUAUAAAUGUAAAAGUUAAAUCUCCGAGCCAUUUGGAAUUUAUCCAAAUCGAUUCAGUUUUGUCUUAUUUUAAAUAUAUCUCACUAGCACUUACUAAAAUUCUCAUUCAGAGCUGUGGUUGCCUCUGAAGGAGGGGUGGGUGGCAGGGAUCAACCAAGGAGAAGACAAAACUUUCUAGAGUUGGAAAUAUAUUGGAUAUUGAAGGUGGUGGGGAUUACACGGGUAUAUAGAUUUGUCAGAACUAAUCUAGCUUCACUGAUUAGAUCAAUGCAUUUCACUGUGAAUUAUCUUCAAUUGAUACAGUAAAACUUUACCUACCUAAACUUUAUAAAGUAGUUUUAGGUGAUUUGAGAGGCCACCUUUUCAUACACUAAAUUUCCAUGGUUAACUGGGGUGUAUGUGGGUUCUCUCCAAGCCCAUUGCCUGACUCUUAUGUGCCACCCCACAGUGUACAGUUAUCAAGGCUGUGUAAUUACGUCUUAGUACCUGAAAGGGCUGAUUGCCAUCUUGCUCUUAUUUUUCAGUGUGCCCCUGUUCUUGCUGUGUUUUUCUCUCAAAUGAAAUGAACUUUAUACCCACUUUGCCUGGCUACAGAAGAAAUACAAACAUAGAUGGGAGUUUUAUUGGGGUGGCAGUUAGGUCACAAGUUAGGGAUACUUGACAUCUUUGAGAUUUUAAACCUGGUUUUCCACCUUCCUUCCCAUAACUCCUCUCUUGGCCUCCACAGCGCCCUCACUCUCCCGAUUCUCCUCCUAUCCCUGGCGACUCUUUCCCAGUCUUUAUGCGUUUGCCUUCCUAUGUGUCUCCUUAAUGUCCCCCCUGCUUUUCCUUCUCUUCAUCUCAGCUCCCAGCCCCCUGCCUACUGAACAUGGGCGUCCUUAUCCCCAUCCUUGCUUAAUUUUUCUCCUAACACACAUCUUCUAACAUACACUGUUUUACUUUAUCUUUUAUUGCCCUCCUCAAACAAAAUGUGAGCUCCAUGAAGGUGAAUUCCUCUAUAAACUAGAGAUUGAACAAACUUCCCUAAAUAUGAUUUGAAAUCCAGAUGCAUAAGGGGAAAUACUGACCAAAAAAAAAAAGCUUUUACAUGGUUAAAAAAAAAAAAAGGCACAGUAAGAAGAAAUGACAAAUUGGGGGGAGAUAUUUGCAGUUUAUACCAUAAAAGGGUGUGUGUGUAGUGUCACAGUGGAAAAGAAAAAUUCCAAGUCCAUAGAAAAAUGGGCAAAAUAUAUGAAUGGGCGAUUUCCAGAAAAUAUGCUCAAACUCAAUAAGAGAAAAGCAAAUUAAUACCCCACUUUGAUACAUUUCCACCUAUCAUACUGGGAAAGAGGAAACCCAUAAUUUUGGCAGCUCCCCCUGGCGGCAAGGCUGUGGGAACAGCACUCUGAUACAUCAGUGGAUGUGCAAUAUGGAACACCUGUGGGAUAAUCUCCAGCAAAACUCAGCAUUUAUUCCUUGCCCGAACAAUGCUACUUAUAGGAAUCUACCCCACAGACAUACUGGGUGAAAUAAAAGUUGUGGGACCUUGCACAAAACAACUAAAUCAUAUUCUUCAGAAGGUCAAUGGGGGUACAGUAGGGACUAUUUUAGAUUAAAAGAGACAUGACAACUAAAUGCAGUGCAAAAUCUUGAUUGAAUCACAGUUGGGGGGGCAGUUAAGUUUUUCUUAAGUGUUUGAGAUUGAAAGUACAUUUUUGAGUCAACUGGGGAAAUUUGAAUAUGGGAAAUCGGUAUGGUUAGGUGGAAGAAUGUUCUUAGAGAAUGUGUGUUGAAGUAUUACGGAUGACGUCUGCAGCUUACUUUCAAAUAGUCUUAUUGUUCAUAAUAAUACUGAUUUUUUUUUUUUGUAAAAUAUAUAGUUUAAAAUUUUGAGACCCAACAUCAUAUAUUUUGAAAUUAUAAGACUAAAGCAAAUAAGUAGCUAUGCUAAUGUUACUGGGGACUAAGUUUUUAAUGCCAAUGAAAAGAGAUACAAAUAUAAGAUCAAACAAGUAACACCCUGUAAUCUUUCAUUUGAACUAGAAAUAUCAGAAUGAACUCAUGGGGUUUUCCCU